AUGGAGAACUCGAACACCCAAACCGGGAACGGCUCUCCUUUGCAGAGGAUGAACCGGUUGCCAAAGUAUAGGAUGCGACACCGCUGUUUAAUCAGAAUACUUGCACUGGGUCCAGCCUUUUUACAGCCUCCUUUACGCGAGAAUGGGUGCGGUUCGACUAUGCAACAGAAGGGGAUCCGCAUCCUGGAUUUACUAAUAAGCGCCCAUAAUGGCUUAUCGAUGGCCCCAUACUGUGGUAGGGGUCCAGUCGGCGAUGCGGUCCCUCAGCCGCAGGGCGUUGUUUUUGUCGGCCUGCCAGGUGACUUUGCCGGGGCUGCACUGUUGAUGACGGCGCUCGCUGUCACGCAGAUGAGAAUGGCACUUGAAUCAAGGGCUCUGGCCCUUACCCUCCUGCUUGCAUUGCUGAGUUUCGUGAGCGCUAUUCCUAUCGACAAAUCAAAACUAAAGGAGCAUAAUGAGGUUAAGGAUACAAAAGAUGAAAAGCAGAUAGAGGGAGAAUCUGACACGCGUCUCUCUCAGGACACUGGGCUCUACUAUGACCGCUACCUACGAGAGGUGAUCGAUGUGCUGGAGAAGGACACCCACUUCAAGCAGAAACUGGAAACAGCUGACAUUGAGGACAUUAAGAACGGACGCCUGAGCAAGGAGCUGGACUUUGUCAGCCACAACGUGCGCUCCAAGCUUGAUGAGCUCAAGAGGCAGGAGGUGGCUCGUCUGCGCAUGCUCAUCAAGGCCAAGAUGGAUGCGGCACAAGGCAAAGACCUGCGUAUGGAUCACCAGUCUUUGCUGAAGCAGUUUGAGCAUCUGGACCACAACAACCCACACAGCUUCGAGCCUCAGGACCUGGAAAAGCUCAUCAAGACCGCAACGAAGGAUUUGGAAAACUACGACGCGGCACGGCACGAGGAGUUCAAGCGCUACGAGAUGCUCAAGGAGCAUGAGCGCCGCGAGUUUCUGAAGACGCUGGAUGAGGAGCGGCGGCAGGAGGAGGAGAAGCGCUUCCUUGACAUGAAGCAGAAGCACAAGGACCACCCCAAGGUCAACCACCCGGGGAGUAAAGACCAGCUUCAGGAGGUUUGGGAGGAAAGCGAUGGGUUGGACCCGGAGCAGUUUGAGCCCAAGACGUUCUUUAAACUGCACG